AGGGGUGUUCUGUGUUCUCAUCGUCCCCGGUCACCCACACGCUCGCUCGAAGCCCCAAAGCACGUUUCGACAAUUUUCGUUCGAUCAAAGCCAGAUUGAGGAUAAUUAUAUCUUGGAGUGUCUUCUCUGUAUGUGAAACUUGUUCGGUAUUUUUUUUUAUUCUUCAUUAUUUCUCCUUGGUGUCGGAUGUUUCGAAAUAUUUUUUGUAAAUUGUGUGAAGUGAGAGUUCGAGAAAAAUAAGAACAAGACACGACACCGUGUUUAUUUUUUGUUUUGUUUUUUGGGAGAGUAAUUUUGGUGUUGCUUUCGCUAUCGAAAAGUGAUUUGUAAAUAAUAAUACAAGUAAGAUUGAUAUUAAUAAUAAAAAGCAUAAUAAAGGAAAAAAGAAAAUAAGUAAAAAAAAAUAUAUAUAUAUAUAGAAAUAAAAAAUCUGAAAAGAACAACAGUUGAUCUAAUUUUGAAGGAAGUUGCAGUGAUUUUAUUUGCAUUUGUGUUUAUUCUUUAGAGAGAUAAAGAUAGAGAUAUACCCCCCCCCCCCCUCGCCAUUCCACCGUUGUAAAUUUCAUGUUCGUUAAUCGGAUUAGUGAUGCACGUGAUAAAGUGAAUCGCCCAGGAAGGACCGAGCAUGUUUCCAAGAUGGUGAGCCUCGGAGACCCAAGAAUGCAGACGUCGCGACGCUGGCGACCUCAGUGUGGGAUGCACGGCUCGUCUCGGGGGUCGAACCUCCUGCUCCUGCUGCCCUUCCUGCUGACGCUCUUACUCAUGCUCCUGCUGGCCGCCACGCCCUCUGCUGCGGAGGUCCUGCAAGGUGAGUCUCCUGCUGUCCCCGCAAACACCUCCUUCACCUCCUCGACGCCCAUCCUCGACCAGGAGGAGGACGUCGAGGGCGUGCGGUGGGAGGAGGAAGGGGAACAUGAAGAAGCGAGGGACGGGUUGGAAAAGGAAAUAGGAGAAGAGGUAGAAAGAAUAGAAAGCGAAGAUUCCGAUAACGGAGGACAAGGAGACGCGGGACGUCGAGAUGAUCACGUACACUGGCGACGUCCAGGAUGACUCGCCGCUCCUGUUAGACGAGGACUUCCUUCCUCCGGUGACGAGCCUGGACGAGGAGAGGCCGGAGACGCCGAUGCCCGAAGGCUGCUCCUCGCCGCUGGGCCUGACGACGGGCGAGGUCCUGGACUGGCAGAUCUCGGCCUCGUCGUCGUACCCUUCGUCGUGGGACCCGGGCUGCCACAUCAAGUACGCGCGCCUCCACCAGCCCAACGGGACGUGGUGUGCCGGCAGAAGGCGGCGGCGAUGGGUGCUCGUCGAUCUGGGCGUGCCGGCGAAGGUGACGGGCCUCCUGACGCAGGGCAAGGCUGACGACGAGGAGUGGGUGACGUCCUUCGAGCUCUCCUACUCCCUCGACGCCUACCACUGGCACUACGCGAAGGACAUCUACAACAACAAGAAGAAACCGCAGACCAUAAAAACCAUUACCAGGCUUUGCGAGUUGGACAAAUGUGCAGAUAUUUUUUGCACACCUUUCAGCUCCAUGCCGUCUAGUCCCUUUGCCGUGAUCCUGUGGCUGCGUCGUCGUCCAAUUAGAGCCAAAAAGAGGCUCCAUUUUCUGUUCAUUAAGUCGUGGUGA